CAUUUCGCAUUUGACUUUCGGUACGUGCAGUCAGCGGACGGCGCAGCAAGGAAACUGUCAAAAAAAAAAUUUGAAGCAACUGUUAUUGUUGUUGCUUUCAUUGUGAGUGCUGUUUUUUUUUUGCACGUGUGCAAGUGAGAGAGUGCAAUAGCGUGAGCGCAGAGAGCUCUUAAAAGCUUUUUCAUAUCAAAACUUAUCGCGCGCUUUUAACAUUUAAUUGUUGGUAUUAUUUGCAUUCUGAACCAGUACAGUAAAAGCAACAAAGAGGAGAGCAAGAAAAUUUUGUGCCACACAACAACCGUUAAAAUUCCACUAACAACAACUCGGCGAAUUAGAUAAGCAGCAAAAUGUCGCCAAAAUCGCUAAAUGUGCGCGUCACGACAAUGGACGCGGAACUGGAGUUCGCCAUUCAGUCAACAACGACGGGCAAACAACUGUUCGAUCAGGUGGUCAAGACGAUUGGCCUGCGUGAGGUUUGGUUCUUUGGUCUGCAGUACACGGACUCAAAGGGUGAUUCCACAUGGAUCAAACUAUACAAAAAGCCAGAAUCGCCGGCCAUAAAGACCAUCAAAUAUUUAAAACGCGUUAAGAAAUAUGUGGACAAAAAGACAGCGGACAGCAAUGGACACAAUCAAACAGAUGAGAGCGAAGAGGAUGAUGAUGCCGAUGAUAUGACUGGAUCAAUGCCGUUUUCCACAUGGGUGAUGAAUCAGGAUGUGAAAAAGGAGAAUCCCUUGCAGUUCAGAUUCCGUGCCAAAUUCUAUCCGGAGGAUGUGGCCGAGGAGCUGAUACAGGACAUCACACUGCGCCUGUUCUAUCUGCAAGUGAAGAAUGCCAUAUUGACCGACGAGAUCUAUUGCCCGCCGGAAACGUCGGUGCUGCUGGCCUCCUAUGCGGUGCAGGCGCGCCACGGUGAUCACAAUAAAACCACCCAUACAGCCGGUUUUCUGGCAAACGAUCGAUUGUUGCCACAGCGUGUUAUCGAUCAGCACAAGAUGUCCAAGGAUGAAUGGGAGCAAUCGAUAAUGACCUGGUGGCAGGAGCAUCGCAGCAUGCUACGCGAAGAUGCCAUGAUGGAGUAUCUGAAAAUUGCCCAGGAUCUGGAAAUGUAUGGCGUUAACUAUUUUGAGAUACGCAACAAGAAGGGAACCGAUCUGUGGUUGGGCGUCGAUGCGCUCGGCCUAAACAUUUACGAGCAGGACGAUCGAUUAACACCGAAAAUUGGUUUCCCCUGGUCUGAGAUACGUAACAUUUCAUUUUCUGAGAAGAAGUUCAUUAUCAAGCCAAUUGAUAAGAAAGCGCCGGACUUUAUGUUCUUUGCGCCACGUGUUCGCAUCAAUAAGCGUAUCCUGGCCCUCUGCAUGGGCAACCAUGAGCUCUACAUGCGUCGUCGCAAGCCCGACACGAUCGAUGUGCAGCAGAUGAAGGCGCAGGCGCGCGAAGAGAAGAAUGCCAAACAGCAGGAGCGCGAGAAGCUGCAGCUGGCGCUGGCAGCCCGCGAGCGUGCCGAGAAGAAGCAACAGGAGUACGAGGAUCGACUCAAGCAAAUGCAAGAGGAGAUGGAGCGUUCGCAGCGUGAUCUGUUAGAGGCCCAGGAGAUGAUUCGUCGUUUGGAGGAGCAGCUUAAACAGCUGCAGGCCGCCAAGGAUGAGCUUGAGCUGCGCCAGAAGGAGCUGCAAUCCAUGCUGCAACGUCUCGAGGAGGCCAAGAACAUGGAGGCCGUCGAGAAGGCCAAACUUGAGGAGGAGAUCAUGGCCAAGCAACAGGAGGUGCAACGCAUUCAGGACGAGGUCAAUGCCAAGGACGAAGAGACCAAACGCCUUCAAGACGAGGUCGAGGAAGCACGCCGCAAACAGGCUGAGGCAGCUGCCGCGCUUCUGGCUGCAUCCACAACGCCGCAACAUCAUCAUGUGGCCGAGGAUGAGAAUGAGAACGAGGAGGAGCUGACAAAUGGCGAUGCCGGCGGCGAUGUUUCUCGCGACCUGGACACAGACGAGCAUAUCAAGGAUCCCAUCGAGGAUAGACGCACGCUGGCCGAGCGAAAUGAGCGCUUGCACGAUCAGCUCAAGGCCCUGAAGCAAGAUCUGGCGCAGUCACGCGACGAAACGAAAGAGACGGCAAACGACAAGAUUCAUCGGGAGAAUGUACGCCAGGGACGCGACAAGUACAAGACGCUGCGUGAGAUUCGCAAGGGCAACACAAAGCGUCGUGUGGAUCAGUUUGAGAACAUGUAAAGCGGCCACGCCCAUAUCCAACCAACUACUACUGACUGCGCUUCCUCUCCCAAAAAUCGCCACCUGCCCCGCCCACAAUCACGUCAAUGCAGCAGCGAGACCCUGAAAUACCAACUAUACACUCCACUAUAACAUCAGUUUAUAUGAAGCUUAAACAAUUUAUCGCAUAUUAAUUAUAUUUCUGACCCGUGACGUGUAUGUAUAGAAGUUGAAUGAGAAGAUGAAAAUUAGAAGAGGACGAUGAAAGUAAGAGAAGCGCAGCUUUAUAUACAAAAUAUUGAAAAAAAA